CCCUGUGUCAGCAGAGAAGGGUUAGGAAUAAAGUGUUUCAGUUACACAUUCUUAUUCUUGAUCUGGCCAAGGCAUCUCCUCCAUGAGAUCGAUAGUACAUCUGCAUGAUCCCGAUGACUUCAUAUGGAGGCCCAUGUGCCUUUUUAUUCAUCUAACACCUACAAAAAAAGAAAAAAAUCUAAUCCUGUGCUAAAUUGAAUCAGAGCAAAUGUCAAAAGGGCUGAAUAAAAAAUUACCUCUAUAAUAAGAGAAAUAAUUGGAAGAUUGAUAUUGUGAUUCUGCCAUUGAGUCCCAUGGCUCUAGGCCAGUUUACCUCAACAGCGUGAGCCUCAGUUUCCACAUCUUUAAAAAGGGAAUGACAAUAUUUCACAUAAUUGUUGAAAGGACUGAAAUAAUGUAAAAAGAAGUACUUUGUAUACACAAUAAAUAUAUGACAAAUGUUUAUUUCAAUAAAUAAAAAGGAAGAAUACAUCUUGGGCAUGGAGACACACCCAUAGCAUUAAUUCUCCAUAAUCUUUAUAGCCAAGUAGAAUGCUAGCUGUCAGUGAAGAGGCUGGGUUGAAGGCAGCUCGCAUCUUGUGCUCAAUUUCUUCUCUCUUCCCCUCCUGCAGUCGGCUCCUCCCUGAAGAAGAGGUUCAAGCGGCGGGAGAUCGAAGCCAUCCAGUGCGAAGUGCGGAAGAUGUGCAACUACACCAAGAUCCUGUCCACCAAGAAGAACCUGGACCACGUGAACAAGAUCCUGAAGGCCAAGCGGCUGCAGAGACAAUCAAAAACAGGCAACAACUUCGUCAAGAAGAGGCGCGGGCGUCCCAGAAAGCAGCCCACCCAGUUCGAUGAGGACUCCAGAGACCAAAUGCCGGUGCUGGAAAAAUGCAUCGACCUGCCCAGCAAAAGGGGCCAGAAGCCCAGCCUGAGCCCGCUGGUGCUGGAGCCCACCGCCAGCCAAGACACCAUCAUGGCCACCAUCGAGGCCGUCAUCCACAUGGCCCGGGAGGCGCCGCCCCUGCCCCCGCCACCACCACCGCCCCUGCCGCCCCCUCCACCACCGCCCCUACCCCCGCCACCCGCUCUACCCAAGACCCCCCGAGGCGGAAAGAGGAAACACAAACCGCAGGCCCCCGCUCAGCCCCCACAGCAGCCGCCCCCGCAGCAGCCCCUUCCCCAGGAAGAGGAGGUGAAAGCCAAAAGGCAGAGGAAGUCCCGAGGGAGUGAGAGCGAGGUCCUUCCCUAGGGCGGGUCUGGGCGUCUGCACCUGGGGCCUAGGGAACUGACACGUGGGAAGCGCAGUGAGCCGGGGCGGGGGCGAAAUCCCCCAGCUGCAGGGACACCCACGCCCUUCUCUCCAGAAGCCGGGCAGGCAGAAUCGGGCCAGAAGACGGGGCUGAGCCAACCGAAGCUCUUGGGAAAGCAAAGCAGGGAGACACCAGAAGAAGCAGCUUGUCUGAGCCUCACCGCAGCUCCCACCACGCGGCGCUCCAGUGCGGCUGGGUCCUCCGCAGGCCCCCAGGCGCCCAGGAGGAGCAGGCUGGUGGCGCUCUCUUGACCUCCCGCUGCCACGGUGCGCCCUCGACUCGGAUUUCAUUUGCUGGCCAGGGAAAUCGAAAGGGAAACACCCUCAAUUAGGAAACAUUCCAAGGGGAGAAAAGCUGCAGAUUGCUCAACUGGCAUUGCUGUAACCCAUUUCCAUUUAAUUGGUUUUUUUUUUUUUUUUUUUUCUUUUGGUUUUCAAGCUCUGCUAAGCUUUGGGUACCAACGUCAUCUUCCCGUGACCUGAAUCUUUCCCUUAACCGUACAGUUUCUCAGAUGGAAUUGUGUGAUCAGAAGGUGAAAUUCUAGUGAUAGGCGACCUUAGACCCGCAUUCAUGUUCUGUGUGCUUCCUCUAUCGCACAUACACUGAUUUUUAGCAUUGUCUGUUCCUACUUUUCCUUUUCCCAUUGUACUUCCAUAUACCUUUUCAUUAACUUAUUUGCUGCCUUUUUUGUUUUUCUUGGUACACAUUUAAAUAGUGUAAUCCUUAACCUGUGCUGUAAAGUUCACCCUUGGCAUGCUGUUCCAAGAAGCUGGCUUUGAAUCCAAUCAUUGUGAAACAUACUCAGUAUUGACAAAAACCUUUUUAAUAAGUGACGCAGAGCAGCCAAGGAUGUGUUGACCCAGAUGUCAACCAGGCUGUUUUUAUACUUAAAACAUAUCAGCAGAGCAUAGGCAGAAUAAAAUGGUUUUAGUACCGCACAGCAAAUGGAAUAACUGACAAACCACCAAAAACUGAAACCCCAGACCCACCAGAAAGACAAGUGUCUAGCGAUGCCUUGUUACCUGAUCUUUUUCAUACAAAUGAUUGUCAUAGUUUGUUCAAAAAAAGGAAACAAAAAGACAAUAGAAGAAGUCCAUUAUCCCUUGAAAAUUAUUUCUUAAAAGCAAAUGGGAGUAAGUGUUCUUAUCUGGAAAAAAAAAAAAAAAAGAAAAUGCUCAAAGGGUAUCACCACUUCAAUUAUAUCAAGCCACCUUGGACAAAGUAUCCAAAUUGUGGUUGCCUUAAUAAACUAAAACAUUAUUGUACAUAAUGUAAUUAUAAAUCUAUCAGUCUGCAUGGAUGCAAACUGUGUGUGACAAAUCGUCUUUUAAAUGGUCAAUUUCAGCUGUACAUUUCUCAUCGAAGUUGUACUCUAGCCAUUGGUUUAGCGUGGACAGAUAUUCCAUCUCUAUUAUCCAUUUCCACAGCCCGAAUAAAAUAUGUUAAGCAGGCUCAGAAUGAAUAUGAAGAAUUCCAUUUCCGUAGAUGUUUUCUAAAAGUCAGAUUGUGGAAAUUUCAAAUAGUAUUUUCAAUUUCCUCCCUCACUCCCCCUUACCUUCCCCAAGACAUCAAACACCUGGCAUGGUAGAUUACAGAAAGAGACACUGAGAGAGAGAAUUAAAUUUUCUAAUGGUAAUUAGAAUAUCUGGUUUACCUCCAAAUUAAGUUUCUUUACAGGAAGUUGGGACCAGCUGGAAAUUGUAUUAUCACUUCAGAACACAAUAUUAUUUCCUUAGAGAUGGAUUUUUAUUGGCAACAUAAAACAAUAAGUGAUGGGGUAUUUACGUGAGUAAAUUUUUAAUUUCCAAGUUAAUAUGCUUGCAUACAUCACUGCUCCGUCAUGGCACCAGCAGUUGGUUGAAAUUACCCACAUAGUCAUACUCUUCUGGUCUGUCACCAUGGACUUCACAUCAUUUGCUACCCACUAGGUCAGUCACAUUUAAUCCUAGCAAUAUGUAAGUUUAAAGGACUGCCUUCCCCUGUUCUUUAACGCUUACAUCCUAGGUACUCAGUUUGUGACCUAGAUUGACCUUUGGCAUUUCACGUAAGUUGAAAAGCAAAAUCAAAGCAGCCAUUUUUAAUUCGCCAUUCCCAAGCUAUGUCUGAGUGGUUCCAAAGUCACCUGAAAGGAAGGUUUAAAUUAGCCCCUCUCACCCCGCCAUUGCUAUGAAACAGCAACCAUUUUCAUUCCAAUUCAGCCAUAAAGAGGUUUCUCUUCUUACUGAAUUUUGAAAUCAUUUCCUUCUUUCUUUCAUUUGCCCUUCUUCCUUCCUGUGUUGUGUUAUCUCUCCAACCACAUCUAUAAGCAGAAUAAACCUUGCAGAGGAGGAUGAGCUGGCAGGCACUCUGCAGACUAAUAAGGACCCAAAGUUUAAUUGACAUUAACCUCUAGUAAGUGAGAAGUUCCCAGAACACCUUUGAAUGUGUUAGAAUUUCCAGACCUCUGAAAGAUAUUUCAAGAAAUUGAAGAGUUGCAACUUACAGGUGAAUUCUGGUCUACAGUGGUCAUGUGAGUUAAAUUCGAAUCCUCUACAUGUAUGACCCUAGAUAUAGAUUGGAAUACUGCAGAGGACCAAAGCUGAGGCAUGCUAAACAGCCACUGGGAGGCAGAAGCAAGUUCCAUCACCUACACAGCCUCCUCUCCACCACCCAGUUUCUCCCUCAGUGUCAUGUUAUUUUUUUCUGCUGCUUUUCAUUAACCUAACUCAUCUCAUCAGUACAACCAUUUCCUGAUUCUCUAACUACCCCCAUUCCGUUAGCCUCUCCCCUCUUGUCCAAACUCAGCUCAGCAGUGGGCCAAUGUAGCUUCACAACCAGUUGGUUGUAGAGCUGGAAAGAAAACCCAGCUCUCCCGACCCAGAGUGUGGCGGUAUCUGGCCACCCAACGAUGCCUUCUGGGGCUGCAUUUCUUUUUUAGAAGAGGUCAUUUGGGAUACAUGGUACUCCAUAUACAGGUUCACAAAAUAGUUUAUAAGAGAAAUCCCUUGAUUUUUAUUUAUUUUUCUUUUGUUGUCUGGAUUACUUGCCUUCAGUAAGCAGAAGGCACCCACUUGUAAGGAGUCUGGUUAGUGGACCCACUUGUAAGGAGUCUGGUUAGUGGACCCACUUGUAAGGAGUCUGGUUAGUGGACCCACUUGUAAGGAGUCUGGUUAGUGGACCCACUUGUAAGGAGUCUCGUUAGUGAUGAGAAAAGGUUGAACUCUAGAUACAAAAGCUUCCUUGAAGGUGAUGAUGGAUCUUUAAUCCACCUGACUAAGUAUCUGGAAGAGCCACUUGCUUUUCCACCCCUGAUCUCAAAUGAGAGGAGCAGAAGUUUAACUUCCUCAAAUAGCCUGGCUCUGGCUAAAACCCAAGGAAGAAAGGUCAAUGGAAAGGAAAGAAAAGCAUGUCAGGGGCUGGUUUCUGACUUGGCAGGACCAGGAACCAGCAGCCACUGACAACCCAAAGAAGGUGACUAAGGGCUGGCAGAAGAUUAGCAUGUUAACUUGGCUGCCGUCCGGAGUAGGAGGCCAUAUUCAGUGGCAGUCAGAAUUUGUGUUCUGCACAUUGCUGGGUCUAUAAAUAUGAUAAGCAAGUGGUGACAGAAUUAUAGAAUAAGGUGAUGUAUUACAUGCAGAUCAUAAAGGAUUUGGUUUUAAGACUUAAGUAGAAAAUCCCACUCCUAGCUUAUUACUCAACAAUAUUCAGAUAAUGAGCUUUUGGAGAAUAUUUUUUUUCCUAUCACUAGAAAGAUUUACCUGGAAACUGUCUAAAGUCUAUAUACAUAUUUCCAAAGCCUUUAAAUACCAACCGUAGCAUAGAGAGAGAGGGUGGCAGAAGCUGAAAUGCCUCAAAAGCCAUUUAAGUGUUACGUUGCAGGAUUUUCAGUCCUUCUCGUUAUGUAAAAGUAGAUAAAUAUAGACGUUAUUCUCAACACUACCCUAUAGUAUCACAGUGGUCCAAAUGCCAGAGCUUACAGAUAAUGUCAUCACAGUGCCUAGAAACUCGAACUGUAAUAUACCGUAGCAUUUUCUUGGUGUUUCUUAAAGUUUCUUUCCACAAUACAAGGUCCUCUCUGCCUCUUGUUUCUUGGAGAGUUCACCCCACUGAUGAGUCUUCUUUCCCUGUUGGACUCACUCAUUUGGGGAACAGUCUUAGAAGCACAUAUCAACCAAGGAAGAAACUUCCUGGAUAUCUAUUGCCCACUUGCCCAGGUAUAAUAAACACUAAAGGGGGGAAAUUGAAAGGAGCUGCCAGCUGAUCAACGUGGAAGGGCAGUUCCACCCUAGAUUGGUCUUUCUUUUUCUUCCUUUUUUUAAAAAAAAAAAAAAUCUAUUUCUUAAAUAAUAAAUGCACAUGACGUGUUAAUAUGUACAUAUAUAUUUCAAAAGAAAAAAAUGGGGCACAAGAUUGUCUUACAAGUCGUGCUGGCUAAUUUUUAGUUUGUAUUCAUAAGUGGUUUUUAAAAGCCUUUUUUAAAGUGUAAUUUGCAUGUUCUACUUUGAUUGUAUGUAAACAUAUUUUAGAACAAAAAAUGUAUUUGUAUUUUAUUGAAUAUAGAGGCAAGAAAAAUUGUACAUUGUUUGAAAUGUUCUUUUUGUAACAGUUUUUAUUCAUAAAGCAUUUUUGUACAUUUAAAAUGAACAUGGACUUGCUGUUAUUUGAGGCGUAGCUCCAUCUAGCAUGCUUACUGUCAUGCUCCCCCAUGGUCUUAGAUGUUGGGUUUUAAACAUUUUUUUCUAAAAGAAAGCUCAGUCUUUUUCGCUACCAGAUCAGGUUAGCACAGUAUACAGCACUUAACUAUUAAAAAAAAAAAAAAGUUAAUCCUAUUCAUAUGUUAUUCAUUGUGUGAAAUUAAAGACAUUCAAUUCAGUCUAA